AUGGGUAACAUGACUUUUCCAAUCGAUCAAGAUUCUGUUCGUUUGCUUGCUGUGGAGGGUUGUGCUGCUCUUGGGAAGCUGUUGGAACCUCAAGACUGUGUUGCACAUAUUCUUCCUGUCAUUGUCAAUUUUUCUCAGGACAAGUCAUGGCGUGUUCGAUACAUGGUUGCUAAUCAGCUUUAUGAGCUAUGUGAAGCUGUGGGCCCUGAACCUACCAAAACGGAUUUAGUUCCAGCAUAUGUGAGGCUACUUAGAGACAAUGAAGCAGAAGUACGUAUUGCAGCUGCUGGAAAAGUCACCAAAUUCUCCCGCAUUCUUAGUCCAGAACUUGCUAUUCAGCAUAUUCUUCCAUGUGUCAAGGAGUUGUCUUCAGAUUCUUCUCAGCAUGUUAGAUCUGCUUUGGCUUCUGUUAUAAUGGGGAUGGCUCCUGUUUUAGGGAAGGAUGCAACUAUCGAGCAACUUCUCCCUAUAUUUCUAUCACUUCUAAAAGACGAGUUUCCAGAUGUACGUUUGAAUAUCAUUAGCAAGCUAGAUCAAGUGAAUCAGGUGAUUGGGAUCGAUCUUCUAUCCCAAUCAUUACUCCCAGCAAUUGUGGAACUUGCUGAAGACAGACAUUGGAGGGUGCGAUUGGCCAUAAUAGAAUACAUACCUCUGUUAGCAAGUCAGUUGGGUGUUGGGUUUUUUGAUGAUAAGCUCGGUGCCCUUUGCAUGCAAUGGUUACAAGACAAGGUAUAUUCGAUCAGAGAAGCUGCUGCUAACAAUUUGAAGAGACUGGCGGAGGAGUUUGGUCCGGAUUGGGCGAUGCAGCAUAUUGUCCCGCAGAUUACUUCUUCCAAGUUGCUGCCUGUUGUUGUUACUCUCGCCAAAGACAGAGUGGCGAAUAUCAGGUUUAAUGUUGCAAAGGUCUUGCAGUCUUUUAUCCCUAUUCUUGACCAAUCUGUGGUGGAGAAAAGUGUAAGGCCAUGUCUGGUUGAGUUGUCGGAGGAUCCAGAUGUUGAUGUGCGUUUCUUUUCAAAAGAAGCACUUCAGGCAAUUGAUCAAGUCAUGAUGUCAACCUAA